AUGCACAUGAAUCCAUCCGUUCCACUAUCGACACCAUCGACAACCUCCACAGCAUCGCAGAAUUCACAUGGCCCGGAUGGCGACCAGAUAACAAAGGCCCAGGAGAAUACCCACCUCCCUGCUGCUUACCCAAAGGCUCAGCAGGGAGGGAGGGAGUCUCCUCCUAAUCCUGCUAAACCAGUCAAAUCCAAAAUGACAAACCCUUUCUCCCGCAUGUUCCAGUCCGGCAAAGUGUCUCACAAAGAUGUCGAUGUCGGGAAAGAUGCAGUUGCUCCGAAUCGCGCAAGUAACGUUAAUCAUACUGGAGUACACCCACCAUCUCCUACCGCCGUCGCCACCGUUCCAAGUGAAUAUCCCACUGCAGGUUCCAUUACCCAGUCCUCGUCGAAGCAAUCGGACAAAAAAGUGGAUGGGGAUGCUAAGAAACACAAAGAUGCCUGCUCCACUCACAAACGAUUUGAAGUCGUCGAGGGUGGAUCUCAUAUGCAUCACCUAAAGAGCGCCAAGCGCCAGGAGAAACUCUCAGACAUGCUACGAGAUAUCCUAGGCGGCGGGAAAAAGAAGGAAGAACAAGUUGAAGACCAGCAUCUAUCACUGAUGUCAACGUGGGUUGACCAGCUGAAAAGCGAACGCGAGAAGCUAGCAGCAACUCCAGCAGCAGGAACAACAACAGACACCAAAAAGGGCGGUCCCAACGCUGCCGCGUCCCUCGUCGACAAGUACGGCAAAUGCCAGGAGAUCGUGGGCCGCGGUGCCUUUGGAAUCGUCCGGAUCUCCCAUAAGGUCGAUCCGCGAGACUCGAAGACCGAACAGCUCUAUGCCGUCAAGGAAUUCCGCCGCAGACCACAGGAGACCGCAAAACGGUAUCAGAAGCGCCUCACGUCCGAAUUCUGUAUUUCUUCCUCCCUCCGACACCCGAAUAUCAUCCACACGCUAGACCUCAUGCAGGACUCUAAGGGCGACUACUGCGAAGUCAUGGAAUACUGCGCUGGCGGCGACCUGUACACACUCGUGCUGGCAGCGGGCAAACUCGAAGUCGGCGAGGCAGAUUGCUACUUCAAGCAACUCAUGCGUGGCGUCGAGUACAUGCACGAAAUGGGCGUGGCACACCGCGACCUGAAACCCGAGAAUUUACUCUUGACCACACACGGUGCGUUGAAGAUUACGGACUUUGGCAAUGGCGAGUGUUUCCGUAUGGCCUGGGAGAAGGAGGCGCACAUGACGGCUGGACUGUGUGGGUCGGCACCAUAUAUUGCGCCAGAGGAGUACGUGGAUAAGGAGUUUGAUCCGCGCGCGGUGGAUGUGUGGGCUACCGGUGUUAUUUAUAUGGCUAUGAGGACUGGGAGGCACUUGUGGCGUGUCGCGCAGAGGGAGGAGGAUGAGUUUUAUGACCGGUAUUUGGAGGGGAGGAAGGAUGAGGAUGGGUAUGCGCCUAUUGAGACGCUGCAUCGGGCACGCUGUCGAAAUGUGAUCUACUCAAUACUCGAUCCAAAUCCCACCCGCCGCAUAACGGCGUCUCAGGUCUUGAAAUCUGAAUGGGUUCGUGAGAUACGAAUAUGCAAGGCGGGAGAGGAGGGAUUUUAA